AGGAGCAAAGAGCUGCAAAGGACGUAGACAUUGCCAAGGCAGAGCAAACUCGUGAGAAGGAGAUCCGGCGACUGCACAAGGAGCUUGAGGCGGCCAAGUAUCACAGAAUCCCCAGUCUUCAGCAAUCUCCUGGGCCAAGCGAGUUGCCUGCCUUUGGAAAACCAGAAAGGCUCAACGGCAUUCUUGCUGGGGAUGAGAGCAACGCUCAUGAAAGCUUGGCAGAUCAGCUUCAUGCACAUUUUGCAUGGCCCGCAGAGGACCAUCAAGCAGAACUUGAGCGUCUCCAAGAAGAGCUUCGUUCCAUGCAGGAAUUCUAUGAAAAUAAGAGCUCAGGCGCUACAAAUCAGGCAUUGGAAGAGACACAGGCUACCUUGAAAACUGAAAGGGAGGAGGUGCAACAUCUUCGACGAGAACUGAAUGAUUCGAUGCAGUCAAAGAGACUACUGGACAGCGCCACAAAUCAGGCAUUGGAAGAGACACAGGCUACCUUGAAAACUGAAAGGGAGGAGGUGCAACAUCUUCGACGAGACCUAAACGAUUCGAUGCAGUCAAAGAGACUACUGGACAGCGCCACAAAUCAGGCAUUGGAAGAGACACAGGCUAACUUGAAAACUGAAAUGGAGGAGGUGCAACAUCUUCGACGAGACCUAAAUGAUUCGAUGCAGUCAAAGAGACUACUGGACAGCGCUACAAAUCAGGCAUUGGAAGAGACACAGGCUACCUUGAAAACUGAAAGGGAGGUGCAACAUCUUCGACGAGAACUGAAUGAUUCACUUUGCUCAAUUCGAGCUCCUGAUGGCAUUCGAAGCAGGACAAAGGAUGAUCAAAGCCAAGUCAAGGAGCUCCAAGGCAUUCUAAAAGAGAAGGAGGAGGAGCUAAUGAACUUCGCAGAGACAGCAAAACGUCGAGAAAAGCGCUUGGAAGAUGAAGUUGUGCAACUACGAGAGGCAUCAGCAAGGCCGAUGCCCGGAACAGCACAAUCAGUACACACAAGUAAGGUUCGGCAAAAGGUGGAAGCACGCCAGCCCCACACAGAGGAUGUCGCCAGUUGCAGCUCCGCAAGUCAGAAGGAGCCUUCAGACGACGUGGAAAUGCUUAGAGCACUGGCUGCUUUGCGCUACGUUGAGGCGCACUGGUACCCAUAGCGAGGAGAUCAACGAUGUGUGAGAAUGAUCAGAAGGCAUCUUGAUUGGAAAAAUAUUUAGGACAGUUCCAGGGCCAAAGGCUGCAAUUGAAAUUUGGAUUUGCCGAAGGCAGUGAUGUAUCAUGUCUUCAUGUUUGUUAAUUAAUCAAGGCAAACUUUACUUCAACAUUGUGUUUAA